GCAGCAAGAGCUGGAAUUCAGCGUGUAGGAGAAAUGGGAUAUUCACUUUCUUUACAAGCCUUCAGGGAGACUAACCAGACUGUCCAGUUGACCCAGGAGUUCCUUGAGUACCAUGUGAAUGGAGACGUGAUGAAAGGACCCAUUUCAGAUAACUACUUAUUUGCCCCAAAUGCUUCAGCUGUUCCAGUAUCAAAAGCAGUGGAAUUAGAAGUGGUUUCUGGAAACUUGAUGACAGAGAUACGGCAGUAUUUCUACAGUAAUGUUACUGCUCAGGAUUACGUAUAUGCAGUGUAUACCAAGACGUAUACGGUACCAGAAGGCUACGAUGGGAAGUUGCUUUGCCAUAGGAUAGAGCAAGAAUAUAGUGUUGGGCCUUUGGAAUUAAAUCGUGAAGCAGUUCUAAGAACAAGCACAAGCUUGAACACUGGGCAGCUACUCUACACUGACAGCAAUGGAUAUCAGAUUCAGAAAAGACCAUUCAAGGCAUAUGUGAAUAACACAGUGGCUCGGAACUAUUAUCCUAUGGUCCAGACCGCCUACAUUGAAGAUGAUACCACAAGGCUGACGCUGCUUGCAGAAAGAGCUCAUGGUGUCUCAAGCCAAGGAAAUGGGCAAGUGGAGGUGAUGCUUCACAGGAGACUAUGGAACAACCUUCAGUGGGACCUGAAUUACAAUCUCACUUUGAAUGACUCUUCAGUGGUUCGUCCCGUGAUUUGGCUUAUUUUAGGAACCAAGGCUCUCACCAGUAUUUUGUAUCAGACAAGCAGUCUGGCACUAGAACAUAGACCAGUAGUAAUGUUUGGAGCAUUAUCAGGACAGAAGCCAAAGCUACCUCGACAACUUCAGCAGAAUUCAGUCCACAGUUCAGCAGUAACUGUUCCACCUAAUCUUCAUCUCCAGACUCUGAGCAUUCCAGGGUGGAGAUACAGCUCUAAUCAUGCAGAGCAAGUCCACAGCAUCCGCAUGGGUAAACAGAAGCAAGGUGAUGCAGACUUCAGUCGUGUCCUGCUAAGAAUUAGGCACUUGUAUGAAGAUGGAGAGGAUCCUGUACUGUCUCAACCUGUGAUGGUAAAUCUGAAGUCUUUGCUAAAGGGAUUAGGAUCAGUGAUGCUAGUGGAAGAGCGAUCACUCACAGGCACCUGGGAUGUAAACACUUUAAAGCGGUGGAAAUGGAAGACUGCACAAUAUCCAAGCAAAGGAUUCUCCAACAAUACGGAGAUCUCAGAAAACUGUAUGGUAACUGUUCACCCAAAGGAAAUAAGGACUUUCUUUGUAUACUUUCAAGGUCAAUAAAACUUGACAUUGUAUUUCAGGAGUGAGUAUGUAAUUGCUUUCAAUUUUUGUUUCAAGCCAUGAGUUAUGAUCUUGAAAAUUAUUCUAUUGCUGUUAAUGAAAGGAAUAGUAAUUUUGGAAUAAACUCUAAAGUUAAUUAAA